AUGAGACUACGAAAGUGGCUGCGCAAAGUGCUGCCCCGGCGCAGCCACAAAUCCAAAUCCCAACCCGACUCAGGGCCUUCGGAAAUCCGCGACCCCUCGUUCCCUCUAGAGUCCCUGCCACAAGAACUCCAGGAUAUCGUGUGGCUCUGGGCCCUCCACAUCGCCACGCCGCCCGUCGUCACUCUCCUCUUACCUUCCGAACCACCACCGGGAUACGGAAGGCAAAUCCUGGUCCCCACACCCCCGGCCGUCUUCCAUGUGAGCCGAGCAACACGGCAGCUGCUCCUCAAAGAGGCCAGGAAGUCGGGCUGCCUGCAUAGCCUCCGACUGCGCAGGGUAAUCUGGGUUAUCCAUGAAAAUUACCCAGCGUACCCAACUUUCCGAAAGAUUGUGAGGACUGCCCGGGAGGAGCAGUGGCUUUUCUUCAAUCCCCACUGCCAGGCGCUAGAACUGAGUACAGUGCGUGGGAUUGAUACGAGUUAUCUGCCGACCACCUUGGCAUAUUUCCUCCCUACUCUGAUGCCACAGGUGCAGCAUCUCCAUGUCUCCUUCCCCGGCGCGGCUCUAGCUACGAGGCUCUGGGCGGACACCUACUUCCUCUACGACUUCCCGAACUUGCGUUGGUACUCCACCUCAGCGCGGCCUCUCCUCGAACUUUACCGCGAGAAGGCUUCCUGGUCCUUCAAUGAGUGUUGGAUCGCGCCCGGCCUCUGGCCUAUCAUCUACAAGAUCCAGCGGGCGGGAUUUCAUCGGCUAGCUCAGAGAUUGGGUGAAUUGAUCGAGGGCGGCGCGAGUUGGGUAGUCGACGGGGAGCCCGUUCUCAAGGAGAUGGGUAUCACCGCCUCAGACCUGGUCUGCGAGCACGGGAGCGGCAAUUUCGCCCUAUCGCGUCUUCAACAGGCGGUCCCGCGGAGUAGUAUCAGACUAGGAGGCGAAGUCCCUGUGCUGGAGAUGCCGUUGACAGCUUGGGAUUAUCGGCCAAGAGGCCAGUAUGGUUAUUGUCAAGAUGAGGAUGCAGUGAACGCUGAGAUAUUCAAGAUUUGCAGAGAAGGAACCCGUAACCGUCUCGCGCUGAAGUUGAUGGGAGAAUCUAAGAUGAUGUUGCCUGUAAGAGAGGAGAAUAUGGUGCAGAAUGCUGUGGAAGGACGUGUGGUCUGGAAGGGAUCGUAG